UUUGAGUCAGUUUUUAAAACUGCCCUGCUAUUGGUAGGGACGCAUCAGGAUUACAGCCAAGACUUCCCUGCAUUUUCUGCCAAAAUCUGUGUCAGAUUUAAGACACAUGCUUCUGCAAGCUUCCAUGAAGGUUGUGAAAAAAGUUUUAAUCCAGAGUUGGGUUCCAGCUUUCUGUAGCUGCAAGCAUUGGUGGCCGUACCACCUCCUUACAAAGCAACAAGAACCUGCGGCAUAGGGUAGAGAGAUUUUUAAAAUUUGCUGGACAUGAAAUGAAUUUAGAGUGCUCUCUAAUUUCAGGUGGAGAACAUAUCCACUCCUUGAUAAUUUUUGGAGCAUAAAAACAUUUUAAUUUUUUUUUCAUUUCUCUCCCCACCCCAAGAUUGUGCAAAAAAUGUACCUUGCCUAAUUGAAGUCAUUUCAUUGGAUUUGAUCACAACUGAUUGUUCUUCCAUGUGAAGUUUUGGGGUUUUGAACUUUGCUUCUGGAGAAUGCCUUUUCUCUAGCUGCCUGAUGUCAACUGCUUAGUAAUCAGUGGAUAUUAAAAUAUUCAAAAUGUACAGAGAGUGGGCAGUGGUGAAUAUUUUCAUGGUGUCUUACAUGCAGCUGGUGAAGGGCUCCAGUAACGAACAUGGACCAGUGAAGCGGUCAUCUUGGUCAAUGUUAGAACGCUCUGAGCAGCAGAUUAGGGCUGCUUCUAAUUUGGAGGAACUACUGCGAAUCACGCACUCUGAGGACUGGAAGCUGUGGAGAUGCCGGCUGAAGCUCAAAAGUUUUACCAGUAUGGACACUCGCUCAGCAUCCCAUCGGUCCACCAGGUUUGCCGCAACUUUCUAUGACAUUGAUACACUAAAAGUUAUAGACGAGGAGUGGCAAAGAACCCAGUGCAGCCCUAGAGAGACGUGUGUGGAGGUUGCAAGCGAGCUGGGGAAGACCACCGACACAUUCUUCAAGCCCCCUUGCGUGAACGUGUUCCGGUGUGGCGGCUGCUGCAAUGAAGAAAGCCUCAUCUGUAUGAACACGAGCACCUCGUACAUUUCCAAACAGCUUUUUGAGAUAUCAGUGCCUUUGACAUCAGUACCUGAAUUGGUGCCUGUGAAAGUUGCCAACCAUACAGGUUGUAAGUGCUUGCCAACAGCCCCCCGCCAUCCAUACUCAAUUAUCAGAAGGUCCAUCCAGAUCCCAGAAGAAGAUCGCUGUUCCCAUUCCAAGAAACUCUGUCCUAUUGACAUGCUGUGGGAUAACAAUAAAUGUAAAUGUGUUUUACAAGAGGAGGACCCACUUGCUGGAACAGAAGACCUCUCUCAUCUCCAGGAACCAGCUCUCUGUGGGCCACACAUGAAGUUUGAUGAAGAUCGUUGUGAGUGUGUCUGUAAAACGCCAUGUCCCAGAGAUCUCAUCCAGCACCCAGAAAACUGCAGUUGCUUUGAGUGCAAAGAAAGUCUGGAAAGCUGCUGCCAGAAGCACAAGAUAUUUCAUCCAGACACCUGCAGCUGUGAGGACAAAUGCCCCUUUCAUACCAGAACAUGUGUAAAUGGAAAACCAGCAUGUGCAAAGCAUUGCCGCUUUCCAAAGGAGAAAAGGGCUGCCCAGGGGCUCCACAGCCGAGAGGAUCCUUGAUUAAGCUUUGUUCCAAGUUCCCCAUCCCUGUCAUUUUAAACAGCUUUGCCAAGUUGCUGUCACUUUUUUUUCCAGGUCUUAGAAAAAAAUCCAUUUUACAUAGUAGUACCACGAUGAAUCCAGACUAACCUUCCAUUCAACACAAGCUGCGGACUCCCUGGUUCAUUGACAGAUAUCUUCUAGCUGUAGAUGUCUCUGCACACCAAGGAAUGGGGGGGGGGGCGACAUGUGGAAUGCUUUUUUGGUGAAUGAGAAAGGUUUGCUCAUCAUGGAAUGGCAGGGGCCAUGUGAUUGAUUCCUCAGAGCAGAUGAGGAAAACUGCGUGGUCUCUGAGUCCUUUGCUAAUUACAACUCUCUUGUGAAUUAUUCUGAUUCUUUCUUAUGCCGAAUUUGAUUUGUAUGAUCAGCACUGACUUUCUGAUUACUGUCCAGCUUGUAGUUUCUGAGUUUAGUGAACUAUCAUCUGAUGUUUCAUAUUUAAGUGUAUUUAAAGAAAAUAAACACCAUUAUUCAAGCCAUA